GAGUGGAGUUCUUCAGCUUUUAGAAAUUCCUUUCAGUUCUUCCAGUAAACAAACAGUAACGUCAUAUUUUCCAAGGAAGCACGAGUACUCCAAACACAGACGCGGGCAGGAACUUUGAAUUAAACUGGAGCAUUUUCAAAGAGGCUGAAGAGUGAAGUCAGUGCAGAAGGGCUUUACUUGGACACUCUCUCUAGUGGCCAGUAAGGAGGCAGUUGGAGAAUAGGUGUGACUGUGUAGAAGUCAAUAAGAAAACAACCCAGCUAAACACCUUCCUGAUGAGUUCAUGGUUUCAGUUCCACCAUUUUAAAUUAUGGUUCCCAUUACUGUCAAAAAGGACAAUAAAGCAGGCCAUGAUUUAGGGCGGGCCUACUAUUAGUUCAGUCAGAUGCACGAUGAUGACGGCCAAAAAGGCUUCAAAAUGGGAGCCAGCAAACCAGCGAGUGACAUGGUUAAAAAAAACAUACAGGGAUCUGUAAAGGUGUAAAAAAAACAAUCCUUUUUCAGGAUUUUCUUCACCGGCUCUGCACUGACAAAAAGGAGGUCAACAGGGAGGUCAAGAUAAAUAAAAACCAUAAAAACUGCUAAACUAGAGUAUAAAAACACACUUGAAAAAAAAUUCACCACAGGGGACCUCCACUCAGCCUGGCAGGGCCUCAAAACCAUGGCCUCUGUGAAUACUGUGGUCACCAGGUGGAGGGCAGCAACCCCUCCUCCCUCCCUGACGACCUCAACGCUUUCUACUCCAGGUUUGAGACGGACAACAUGUCCCAGCUUGAGGAGUCCAGAUCCUCACUCAAACCUGGCAGCUCUGUACUCAGCUUCAGGGCUGAGGACGUGGUGAGAGCCCUCAGGAGGACCAGGGAGAGGAGCUCACCCGGCCCUGACAACAUCAGCAGUCGAGUUCUGAGGCCCUUUGCAGGGCAACUAGGAAGUGUGUUCCGGACUCUAUUUCAACACUCAGCUGACAGUCACACCGUCCCCCAGCUGUGGAAACACUCCAGUCAUCCCCAUCCCCAAAAGAAACAACCCAAAGUCUCUGAAUGAUCUUCGUCCUGUGGCCCUCACCUCCCUGGUGAUGAAGGCCAUGGAGAAGAUCAUAAAACAGCACAUGGUAAGAGCAAAUGGCCCCUGAUGGACCCACUCCAGUUUGCUUACCGUGCACGCAGAGGUGUCGAUGAUGCAAAAAUCUUCAUCUUGGACUCCAUUCACAAACAUCUGGAGCUCCCUGACUCCUCCGCCAGAUUUCUUUUUGCUGGUUUCUCAUCAGCGUUCAACACUCUGCAGCCUCAUAUCCCAGCCUCUAAACUUUCCACCCGAUUUCACCUGGAUGAUCAGCUGAUCCUGUGGAUAUUGGACUUUUUGACCAACAGGACUCAGAAAGUUCGGGUCAACAGCUCUCUCUCCGGUCUCUGUUCCACCUCCACUGGCUCCCCCCAGGGCUGUGUGCUCUCCCCCCUGCUCUUCAUCCUCUACACCGAUGACUGCAGAUCCACACAGCCCAACUGUCACCUGGUUAAAUAUGCUGACGACAGAUCUCCUGUCACUGCUGUCAGGCCCCUCACAACACCACGGGCCCACUCUGCAGGAGUUUGUAGAGUGGUGUGACAGCUCCAACUUGAACUGAACGUGAGCAAAACCAAAGAGAUGGUGGUGAAUUCUCCAGUAGGCACAAGGAUCUGGCUGCUUCAGUCACCACCACCAUCCACGGGAAGCCAGUGGAGGUAGUUGAGGAGUACAAACACCUGGGAACCAUCUUUGACAACCUCCUGAAAUUCUCUGCCAACACAGAGAGAUUCUCAGGAGGUGCCACCAACAGCUAUACCUCCUUAGGAAACUCAACUCCUUUGGAGUCAGCACACCCAUCAUGAUGACUUUUUACUACGCCUUCCUGGAAAGCAUCAUGACCUCCAUCAGCUGCUGGUUCCACUCCCUCAGCCUUCAUACAGGAACAGACUGCAGCACACGGCAUCAGUGUGCUCUAAAAUCAUUGGCCUACCUGUCAGAACUCUGGCAGGUUUUCAGCCAACAGGCUCUUAGACAGGCAGCCAAAAUCAUCAACAACCGCUCUCACAUUCUUCACCCCGCAUUUCAAUGGCUCCCCUCUGGGCGACGCCUCCGAUGCAUUUCCUGCAGGACUGAGAGGAGGAGGAGCGCCACCUCUGUCCCCUCAGCCACUCUGCUUUUUAACUCCAGCCGAUAAGAACAUUUCCCACACCCAUAAACAUAAACUACUCCACACUCUUCUUAUACUACCGACACUUUAUUCACUUUUAGUCACUUACAGUUAUUUAUUCACCUUUCAGUCACUUUGUUGUUUGUUAAUUGCCCCUUGGGGAUAAAUAAAGUCUUCUGAUUCUGAUUCUGAAAAAGGAGAAGCAGUUAAACAGGGUCCUUCCAUUUUCCUUUGCUGUUUUCUCACAGAGUAAAUCUCAGAAAUCCACUGAUCAACUUUAAAGUGAUUUGUGCUUUUUCUCUGCUGUUGGAAGGCACGAUGUGAAAUGAACCAGAGUUUAAAGAAUAUCCAAUCCUAAUUUCACUUGUGACAAUUUUUAAUCAUUGGUUAGUCAUUUAUGCGUGCAGUCAUUUACAAACUGAUGCAAAGCUUUCAGGAGUUUAGUAAAAGUACCAGAACAUAACACAUUCAAGUGCAUAUCAAGGGUGCGAGAGUAACAUAAGAUGGAGGAGACUAGUGUGUCUGGCAUUCGUCAACGUUUGUCCCUGGAGUGAACACCACCCUUACGCUGGCCUCAGUCAGCUGGAUCUCCACCUAUCCCACAAUCCCUCGCUGCAGGUCCCUACAGAAUGAACUCUGUGCUCUUUAGCUUUCACUCUCUCCCACAAACAUCUGCCUGUUGUAUAAUAAUGUCCAGGCGGCCAGCCUACACUGCUGUUUGUUGGUAUGUGAGGCAUGCAAGAGCACAAAACCCCAGUGAGAAUUCUCCCCUCUCACUCUGAUGCUUUCUUUCUCCUUUUUGCUCGUAUGUGACAAUGGUCCUUGUUGUGUGUUAAUGGGCUGAUGCUGCCUGAUAAACUUAUGGCACUGGAGUGUGGUGAGACUUUGUGGAUCGAGCCCACGCAAACGCAGGUCUGCAACAAAGCACAAAUACACUGAAAUGUAAAUGUUUGCUCGGUUUCACGUCUGAAUGUAGUCGAAUGAAAAAAUAAAACCCUGAAGGGUAAUUUUAUUUUAAUAAGGAAGAAUUCUGUUUCUUAUUCUUUAUGAUGCCUACACAAUAUACCUUUAAUGAUAGAUGGAAGCAACCCGGGUCUGAAAAGUCAGGUCAAUUUUUACUUACAGAAAAAAAUAGAUGGACAUAGUAGCGUAGUGUCACCUGUGGUUUUGUUCCACUUCACUGCCUCCGUUCAGCUACACAAAGUGGUCACACACGUAAACUUAGGCCUUGCUGGCAUGCCAGGGGAUAGGUUCUGAAAGCUGUUUACCCACAGCACGGUUGAUAUGGGGGAGGAAAGGGUCUGCAGACAAAACUGUGUUUUACUACCAGGCUGUAAACCUGCUUUUAAUGCUGUAAUGCGUUUUAUCACAGGAGUCCAUGGAGAGUGACUCAAACAGCCACUGAAGGAGCUGCAGUUUUUGGCACUUCUUUGUUGGCAGACUUUUUCAGCCCCCAGAGGUUAUCGCUUGGACCUGCAGGAAAGGACUUCAGCAAACACUUUCCUCAAGAGUUUUUAUGUUAAUCACUCAUUUCAAGGCUUUCUGAGUUCAACAAGAUGUGCUUUUUGUAAAUUGUGGUCCCCGUUAGCCGUGUGAUUGACAAGUUGUUAUGGUCUGAUCGUGCAGUGUCGCUCUUUUAUCAGGUAGAUCCUGGUCACACCUGGUUUCAAAGACGUUCCUGAUCACAGUUUCCAACAUCUUUUAUAUACAGUCUAUGAUCUAGACAGGCAGAUUUGGUUUCAUGGCAUCAAAAGCAAAACUUUGGCAAUUAAAACCAAAUUCAUUUGUAUACAAGGUUGUGCGCGUUAGAAAACAUUCUCUUACUUAUUUCCUAUGAUUUUGGAACCUGAUCCUUUAAAGCAGGCGUUUUUUCUUCUGUAAAUAAUAGGAGCCAUAUGGUUUGUAUUGUAGUGGCAGUCGGGGAUUCAUUACUGCACCUUGAGGACUGCCUCACCCAGUGACAUCAUUUGGGGUAUUUGUUUUUAAGGGAAAUGAGGUAAAGAAAAUGAUCCGUCUCGCUCCAUUUCAUGUUUCUCACGUUUCUCAUAAUUUUAGUUUUCAGUUAUUUGCUGCCAUUUCAUCAAGAACAGGUCUCAUUUUACUCUAACGUCUCUACUUCAACUUCAAACUUAUCUGUAUAUCUUCCUACAAACGCAGUUUAAAAAGCUUUUUCAUGAGGAUAAAAUAUUAAAACUAUAAAAGAAAGAAAGAAAGAGAGAAGAAGAACAUUUAAUUACAAAAACAAAGAAAAAGCAUGAAAAAACUACAAAGGAAGAGCAGUGACUGCCACAAAAUGACUGAGGAAGCGAAUGAAGGGGCUCCAAGAAUGAAAGCUCCUGACGUUACUUUCAACACCGUGCCGGUGUGAGUCUCAGAUUUCUAAUGUCUGAUAAUUCCUGAGGGCUGAAGCAGGAGGAUUUCAGCCAAUAUUCCCAUCUCUUCUGUCAUCCUGCAGCGCUGUGGGGCUGUGCUUGGACUGUGUGAAUAAGUGGAGUUCCUAAUGAGACACCAGUAUUGCGAGAGCUUGGCUCAGACCAGAGCCCAGUUUCAAGGACCCGCCCUGAUGCAGCUGUUGUGCAUUGCAGGCUGCACUGUAACGACUAAUGGAGCUCACACCCACUCAUAUUACACAUGAGAACAACUCCACACACACAUAAAAACACAAUGAGGAAUUGAAGCAAAAAAAGGGAGAUGUUCUACUCAUUUCCCGCUUCUUUCAUCGCUGGCCUCGGCACAGUUACAUGAUUCACAGCUCAAAAUGAUCCUUAUUUAUCUCAUACUUAUAGAACAGUCUCGCUGCUCUGUCGUCUGUAGCCAAACAAAAAGGAUGGUUAAACGUCAUAAUUGGCUUUAAAUGAUUAUCCAAGGACAGCACUACAGCUCAGCACCUGCAGAGAGUGAACCAUGAUGCACUGGACUGUUAGGGGAUAAUGGGAAUUCCAUUUGGCCAUGAUUGAUUUUGCCAACGUGCAUCUCGCUAAAGGCUUCCCGGCUGCUGGGGUUUUUGAGCCUGAUGCAUUCUUAUCAACAUGCUCAGCAUCUUAGUAAGGGCCGGUCAGUGCUGUCAAAUGAAAUUAACUUAUAAAUAGGAUCUCAGAUCUUAGCUCAGUAAUGUGGGUUUUUUUCAUUUCAAGCACUCUGUGAGCAUAUUUUUCUGUUCUUAUUCUGAGCAAUUGUGUUUGGACACAGGACCAAACACAAUCGAGCUUAUAUUGACAUGCAUAGGGCUACCUUUGUGAAAGUUUUGGAUCAAUUGACUGAUUAAAAUGUCAUGAAAUUGACAACUUUUAGGUUUAGGGUUAAGAUUAGAAUUAGGUUAGGGUUAGAAACGUAGUCGUGAUGGUUAAAUCAAGGGCUGAAAGGCCUGGGAAUAAAUGAAUUCAUAAAGAGUGCAUGGAUGCAUGAACAAAGAGAUCUAGUAUUAGUAGAAUAAUACAAAGACAACCAAACAUAUGCUGCUACAGCUUCUUUUGCAUUGUUGUGAGUAAACAUUUACAUGUUAAGGAAAAAUUCAAUCUAUUAUUUCACAUCCACCCUCAUACAGUAUAUAUACUCCUACAUAUAUAUAUACAGAUACCCCACUAUACCUUACAAAUGUCAUUGCAGCGUGCACACAAACCAAACGUGGUGCCAGAGACAAUGUGAAAGUUAACAAAUGCUUAAUAUAGUCUUUAAGAGUUUCUUUUCUCUCAUUGUUCCGUCAGAAUUAUGAAUAUUUGUGGUAAACAUGAGGGUGUAGGUGGAACUCAUUGCAUGCCACAGUUAUCACCAAAGCUCAGUUCAUUCUUAUGUCAUGGAGCUCACAGAUAAUGGCUCCAGUGUUGCUGACUGGUCCUAACUGGUGCCAUGCUGCCCUAAGCAAAAAGACAAUAGUGGCUAUUCUGUUAUGGCCCAGCAAGAGUGUAAGUGGGUGUAAGGAAUGACCAGUCAGGGGAAGGGGACAGGGGUGCCCAAUAUGGCCUCCACACAGUGACUGGACUGUGUCGCAGUCUGGAGGGGGGAAGAUAGCACCACAAAGAUCUGUCUGUCUGCCUCUACGCCCAGAAUCCAAGUUCCAUCGUGGGAGACACAGAGUGAAAGAAAGAGAUAGAUGGUGAGGGGAGAGAGGAGGGGAUGCUACCCUCAGUCUGUUUCAUUCGGUGGAGCUGGGACAGGAUGGGGCGGUUGGGCAUGUUCAGCAAGCAGGAAGGACGCGGGUCAUCGGGGGAUGCUGAGAGCGAUGCACCGGCGAGCUGGAGGACCACCACACAGAUCGGUGACAGAGACGGCUCGGUAGAGAAUAACACUUAGGGGCAGAGUUUGCUUUGUCUGGGCAACAAUGGGCAGCAUCCACUGGCAUGUGCGGAUGUUUAGCUUGAGAGGCGGUUAACAGCAAUCGACUGAACACAGGAUGGACCCUUCAGUGGCUACUUAACAACCUGGAUCUGUCCAACUCCUGAAAUCGACAGAUCUCAGCCGCCACAGUCUUCUCUACCUGAAAGAGAUUGGGAAUGGCUGGUUUGGGAAGGUUCUUCUGGGGGAGGUGAACGCAGGCCUGAACACCACCCAAGUGGUGGUCAAGGAACUCAAAGCCAGUGCCAGCGUACAGGACCAGAUGCACUUCCUGGAAGAAGCACAGCCUUACCGUGCCCUCCAGCAUCCUGCUCUGCUGCAGUGUCUGGCCCAGUGCACUGAGAUCACUCCCUACCUGCUGGUGCUGGAGUUUUGUCCACUGGGGGAUGUGAAGGGUUACCUCAGAAGCUGCAGAACCUCUGAAACCAUGAGCCCAGAGCCCCUGAUUCUUCAAAGGAUGGCCUGUGACAUUUCCUCAGGCCUCCUGCACCUGCACAAACACAACUUCACGCACAGUGACCUGGCUUUAAGAAACUGCUUGUUGACGGCUGAUGUCUCAGUGAAGAUCGGAGAUUAUGGUCUGGCCCACACAAAGUACAAGGACGAUUACUACGUGACAUCAGACCAGAUGUACGUGCCCCUGCGCUGGAUCGCUCCAGAGCUGGUGGACGAGGUGCACGGAAACCUGCUGGUGGCAGACCAGACCAAACACAGCAACAUCUGGUCUCUUGGGGUGACUAUGUGGGAGCUGUUCGAGCUGGGAAACCAGCCCUACAGACACUAUUCUGACAGACAAGUGCUGACCUACGCUGUUAGGGAGCAGCAGCUGCGACUGCCCAAACCGCUGCUCAAAGUACCCCUCGCUGAACGCUGGUAUGAGGUGAUGCAGUUCUGCUGGCUGCAGCCUGAUCAGAGGCCAACUGCAGAGGAAGUUCACUUGCUGCUCAGCUACCUAUGUGCCAAGGGGGCCAGCGAGGCCGAAGAGGACUUUGAGAGACGCUGGAACUCCCUGCGUCCCAAUACUGGAUUCAACAGUCAGCGUGGUGCCUCAGCGAUGUCACGAGACCACCCCUCAUCAACCACCUCAUCUUUCCCACUCUUAGAACCAUUUUCUACUGGUGAUGGCUACCACUCAGAGUCUGGAGAUGACAUACUAACAGUCACUGAAACCAGCCAUGGCCUGAACUUUGAGUACAAGUGGGAGCAAGCCAGGGCAGACCAGUCAUACAGAGCCCCAGACACGUCUAGUACCUUAGGUCAGGUAAACCAUCAUUGUCAGGAAGCAUUUUACCCACCUGGAGGCAUUGUGGGAGGCUGUCCCAUGGAAAGCCUGAGCCAUGGAGUUUCUCCUUCCUACUAUCAACCUAAACAUCUACACGCUCCAGGUGUACUUCCUGUCCUCAGUGCCCAUAGCCCCUCAGUAAACAGUGAAUACUACAUUCGUAUUGAGGAACCAGUAGACUGUAACAUUGAUCCAGACUACACCAUGGUCUCAUACAGCCCAGACUACCAGGGCAGCAGUGGGAGCUUCCUGACUGGGAGCGCAGACUCGGGUGAGUGCAUGGCCUGCCCAUCACAGGCUAAAACUAUGGGUCCUUAUUGGUCAGCUGACAUCCAUAAAUCUGACAUGUAUGACUCCAAUGACUCAAGUCCCGCCAUCUCCCUGACAAUGGAACCCCUUUUAGGUCAAGUGUCAGAUAACAGCCCCCUACGACCCUGGGAGUCUAGUCACUAUGUGUCCUAUAAAGAUCGAGAUGGGGGCUAUUAUUUUGACCACUCACCACCUUUGGGAAUAGAUCACUAUCUGAUCGGAGGUGAGCUCUCCAGAGAGCAUCAUCAGGAAAGCUGGGGCUCAAGAAGCCUGCGUCAGGCUUUGGGGGAGUUGGAGAACCCACUAGUGAUAUCCCAUUCUAUAAACAGUCCAUCUCAGCAGGCUUACAGAGACACAUACCUGGACACAAGUCAGACGUCCAUUAUAGGAAAGAAUGUCACUGGAGGUUAUUAUGACAUGAUGGGUUCCCUGAGGAAGACUAUGCCCAGCCACACAAGACACAACAGUAACUCUGUCAGUAUAAACAUGGAGACUCAGGGGGCUCUCUUCAUCGGGCACAGAGACAGUGACUCAGAAGAGGAAGAUGAGGACAUAUUUGUUGAGAGACACACUUGCAAUACUUGGCCUUCGAAGCACCGCCACAGCAGUGCCGGUCACCAGAGACGGGCAAGCCAUAGUUGCCGACAGGACACCUACGCCGAUUUCCAUUAUACAAUGCCGAGUACAGACAUCGAGGACUCCUGGCCAGAAGGACACAGCCUGGCCUUUCACUCUCUACCCAAACCCAUCGAUUAUCUUGAGCCACACCAGGUCAAAGAUAAUAGUGCCUGCCUUAGUUUGAGUAAACAUCAUGCUAUGGUGCCCUCGGAAAACUGCAAUGCCUACAUUUACAUGUGCCAUGAAGGUGAGACUCAGGUGCCAACAUCUGGAGAGUGCUGCCACUCGCACUUUGUUGACCCACUCACUGGCUUGCUUGUUCGAAACACAAGCUUUUGUCAGCUCUACAGUCACACUAACUACAGAGAUAAAGUCACUGACAUGCCAAGCAAUGAAGAGAUGAUCAAUUUAUCACCAGCUCCAGGAGGUCCCAUCGUGGCCAAAUCUGUGGACUGUGGAGAACAGUAUGUCGAUCUUACAACUGAUGAUGUCCAAGCUAAAGAGAAGAGGGAGGACGUUAUUAAGGAAAUCAUACAGAAACUGCCAGAGCCUAGAAAAGAAGAGGUGACUCUAACAAUGACAAAAGCCACUCAAGCCACUCCACCUCCUGAUGAUAACACGCAUGUGAUGGUGGCGGUGACAGAUCCACAGUCAGAGAUGAGUCACACCAGUGACAGUGGCGUCGACCGUGAAGAUUCCAAUGUAAGCCUUGCUGACAUACUCGACUGCAGUGACGAUGACGAAGAGGAAGACAUCACAGACGAUAUAACUGAUGUUACUUCAGGCAUCUUCGCUGAUGAGUCCAGUGAGCUGAAUGCUUCUCCCGCCUUCAAGUUGCUACAAAAGCAGGUAGGAACACCCGAUUCCAUGGAUUCCAUGGAUCUGCCGUCUGCAGCUGGGUCUUGUGAAGGCUCCAGCCCUGCGUCAUCCCACCCUUCCAGCUCACCUAAAGCUAUGGACAGCGGCUAUGACACCGAAAAUAAUGAGAGCCCCGAGUUUGUUCCCAAAGAACCUCAUGAACCUCGUGAACAACCUUUAGGAAAACCUGCUCUUGAUGCCAGCCUGGAGGAGGAAGAAGUCCUGGAGGAAGAGGGAAUUGAACCUAAAGUGGUGCCCACAGAGGGUGAGUCAUCAAUGGGUGAAGAUUUGGCACUAGAAGCAUCACAGGCAGAUGACCAAAUUCUGUUACCCUUGAGCGAUAAGACACCAUACAGAGACUCUGCCUACUUUUCAGACUAUGAGAAUGAAAAGCAGACUCGGCAUGAGGGAGAGGAACUCCAGAUGGGAAAAACAGAUGAGCAAAACAUUGCAAAAGAACCAAACAUGCCAGAAAAGAAAGCUGCAAAAAGGAAAAAUGAUAGAGAGGAAGAACUAAAGGAUGUUGUAGUGAACAAGGACAUAAAACUUGAAACGAAACAAACAGUAACAGACACAACAGAAUUCUCUCCUGCACCAGAGAUUGAGGAGUACUUGACAGAGGACUGUUGCGAAGAUGAGACUUUAGGACUUCCUCCAGAGCCUUCUGAUACUGAGGGAGGACUGGAUGAAUGGCCAUCACAGGAAGAGAGCUCAUCCUUGGGAGACUGGGCAGCUGAGGUGGUGGGGGCCAUGGAAGAAGCUCUUGGUGCCCUGAAUGGAGAUUGUGCCACCAACGUAAAUUUAGAUAAGGAGGAAGCAGAUGACAUAAAAGACUCUGCUCAAACUUCAGAAACUUCAGAGGAGGCAGCAACCGAGACGGUUCAGAACAGGCCAUCAGGCAUAUCCAGUGAAAUGAAACACACCUUACCCAAAGAUGAGGUAGCUUUGCAACAAACCUCAAACACCAGACGAUUUUCCUCUUCCUCCCCUCCACCUCCUUCCACCCCACCGCCUCCGCUCCCUGCAACAGAGGGCAGAGCAUCUCCGGCCGACGGGGAGGAGGCCGACGAGGAGGACGGCGAUACCGAUGACAGCGACGAGUCGGACGAGGAGCUGCAAAGCUACAAUAUGCAGGAACAGAGCGGAGGGGAAGAGAGUGAGGAAGAGUGCCACCCAGUGCCUAUUGUGGUGAGCGACAACAGCGAGGCCCAUAAACUGCGAAGCCUGCUCAAGAUGCCAGCAUUGCUCACUGAGGAGAACCUGGAGGAGGAGCUCGAACACAAGAAGAAAACAGUGUCUUUUUUUGACGAUGUUACCGUGUAUCUGUUCGACCAGGAAAGCCCAACUAAAGAGCUCGCCGACCAUGGCUUUCCUUUAGGAGCAGAAGGUUCUCGAACCAAACCCCAAGAAAGGGUUAAUGCCUCAGAUGACUCUUCAGACGGGAACAUUUCGGAGGAGAGUGCGGGUUUUGAGUGGGAAGAUGACUUCCCCCUACUCCCACUGCCAACAUCCUCAGCCGCAUCUGAAUCCCCUCCACCCCGUUCCAUCACCACAACCCCAGACACUAAACCAGCCGUGCAGUAUUCCCGCUUUACCGUCUCUCCCUCCAGCGUUUCCCGGUUCUCCAUCACUCACAUCUCAGACUCCGAUAUGGAAUCUGCAGGAGGAAGCAGUGAAGAUGGAGACAAAGAAUAAGAAGCUGUGGAUGUUUACUGCCUCUUUGUGACAACAACUCGGUCUACUAGCAUGACUACUGAUUUCAUUUUUAACGUCAGGUUUUAGAAACACAAGACAGUGCCUCUUACCGCCUGUGGACACUUUUGAAAGGUCCGUCUCACCACCAUGUAGGACUGGCCUAAGCUGUUUAGAAUACUGAAAAGAGAAUUGUUAAUAUAUAAUAUUUCAAGAAUAUUAAUAUAUACGGUAUGUAUGAUGAGUUUAAGGAACCAGGGGGAACUUGUAUGUUGAAUCUACAUAUUUUUUUGGGAUUAAAGAAACAAUGUGGAAGGACAGACCUUUGAAAAGCGUUACAUUUGCCACAUCUUUCACUUUCUAAUUCGUCAUGGGGAGCAUUCAUAAGAGUGUGGAGUCACCUGGACUUUAAAGAAAGAGGACUGUUAAACUGUUGCUGAGUAAAAGACACAAUGUCAACUUUCUGACUUUUCAACAAAGGAUCAGCACUUUGAACAAGACUGUACAGCUCCGCAGACUUUAUACUUUUUAGGAAAUGGUUUUACCUGUAUUAAUAAUGAAUAUCAAAAAGAAUCUUUAAAGUAUCGCAAGUAAUAUAAUGUCAGUAUUUGGGAUCAUUCAGAGACGUGCUCGUGUGAAAGAUGGAAGCGCAGGGGAUCCUAAUGGCUGUCUGCUUACAGGAUGUUUUCUGUUUUUUGAGGAAACAGCUGAGCAACCUUGACAACCUAAUAAUUAUUUGUGACUUUUUUCAUUGUCACAUCAGGACCGCGACUGUACUGUUUUACACAAACAUCACUCUAUUUACCAAACUGGGCGCCAGCACCACAAUCGCAGCCAACUCCUCUUUACUGUAAGCAUCAGACACAACAUUGUGACUAUAAUGGGAAGAAGUACAGAGGUCAUUUCAGGCUGAAGUCUUAUGAAAGUUUCUUAUAAUAUAGCAAUGCAUGGUUUCACAUUUACAAGAAUUUACGGCUAAGAAACAAAAGGAAAGUGUUUUUAUUUUUAAGGCAGGUACACAGGUCAUUAAAACUGACAUCGACUGAACCUAACAGUGAUGUAAGCCAGUAGGGGUGGGCAAUAUAAUGUAAUAUUUUAUCAUGAUGUGCGUGUACUGGAUCUUCAGCUCAAAAAUAUAGACAAAAUGUCUGUUUUGGUUAACCAGCAGAUGCCUGACAAAUCAAGGCACUUCAUCACAUUGAUGCAAAGAUACUGUUAAUCCAACAUUGCUAGAGAGCAGUAAUACUCACUGACAUGCGAGAAGAUGUAGUGCAGCCUACAGAGGUACUGAAGGCAUAUAUCCCUUUUCCACCGACACAGUGUUGGUUCACAGUAUUAAUAAAAGUAAUUGUUUAGUAACAGAAAACUGCUGGGCCUGCUGGUGUCAGUGGUCAUGGGAGGGGAAUGUACCAAAAACCACAGUUCCUAUCAUGGCCACUUGAGGCUGGAGUCAGUUCCCAUAAACUCCCAUGUAUAAAAAAUUCAGCUUUACAGCCUUAAUAAGCACGAGUCCAGCUUGGCACAAAAAUGGUUUGGGCCUCUAAAGAUAGAUUUUUGGUAUUGUUGCAUUUUUUGUUUUGCUUUUAUUAACUCAAGGUCACUGCAUGACCUUCACCCCUCAACUGAGUGUAAAACAGCUGGGAUGAGUGUCAGCACCUCUAAGUGUGAAUUAUGGUUUAUUCUCUAUUCAUCAGGAAGUGGAGGAUGAGAUGGAUUCGUUAAACAUCAGCAGUGAUGUGGGUGCUGUACUGGGCUGUUGUGGUGAAGAGAGAAGUUUUUUAUUUAAGAGUCUAUGUUCCAACCCUCACCCCUGGUCAUGAUAUCAAGGUAAUGACCGGAAGAUUAAGGUAGGGAAUACAAGUGGACACGUUUCCUCUGCAGGGUAUCUUUGUUCAGCUUUAAAGAUGUGGUUGAGGUCAUUUGGAUAUCCGGUUAGGGGAUCGCCUGGGAACUUCUUUCAGGCACACUCAACUGAGAGGUGACACCAGGCUAGACCCAGAAUCCAAUGGAGAGAUCUCACCUGACCUGGGAAGGUCUCAGGAUUCCCCAGUCCAAACUGAAAGUGAUGCUGUGGAGAAGGACAACUUGAAUACCUUUGCUUGCUGCCACCAUUACACAACUUUAAAUAAGUGGACAUGGAUGGAUGGAUGGAUAAAUAACUCCAUCUCAAUACAGGAGUUUAGGGGCGUAGCUGCUUUUCAUACCUUCACCCUCCAAAUAAAUAUCUGUCUCCAAAGAAAGGCACGGUAGAGUGAAAAACCACAACGCUGUCAAACCUGUCACAAUGGUUCUCAAAAGACUCCAAGGCAGAACUGCCAGGAAUGCCAGCACCACAUUGGUGGAAAAGCAGUAACAGAUACCGUGGUAGAAACAUUUUUCCAUUGGUGUGUACCAUCAUAUUGCCCAUCCCUGCACGCUAACAUCUCAAGUUACCCAACAACAUUUAAAUACUGUCCGGUUUUUGUCUGCACUGAGGUUUGUCUGAACAAAUGUGAUUUUUGUGUUUGUAAAUCAGCACAUUAUAGAUCCAGUAUUUCUCUGUUUCUGACCAUUUACCCAUCAUGUUAUGUUUGGAACAACUUGUUCGGAGCAGAUUUGUACAAUAAUUCUAGGAUUAGAAGUUGAACUGUUGGACUUUUUUUCAGACUAACAGGAAAAGACUGUUCAAAAUCAUUAUCACACAAAACGAAUCCCUUUGAGCCUCAUUGUUGUUAAGUGAGACUCUAAUUUAUAAUAAGCCUAACUGGUCUGAUCAGCUUGUUGAAAGGCCACAGAGGGCUGAUGUCAUGAUGAUAAGAAAAUGCUGUCAUGCUUUGCUCUGUUUGUAAAACUGUGAGAAAGACUGAUGGGUUGGUGUGUUUGCUGGAUGGAAAAGUUUGAUUCCACCUUUGAAAGAUGCCCGGUGAUCAACAUGUAGUGUCUUAAAUGUUUGUUUGCCUUACAAGGCUUUUAAUAUUCUGUAACAGUUUAGCAUAGAAACAUCUAGAUGGCUGUCCGUAAUAUUUUUGUAUCUCAACAAAAAUACUUUUUAGAGUAUUGCUGUACUGUAUCUGUGAGGGAGGGAAGGUUUAAAAAAUCUCUUAUGUUUAUUGUUGCCAAAGAGAUGCUGUGUAUGUUUUCACCCCAUUGUGAGGACAGACAGGAAGCUCACUGGCCUUGAACCAAAGGCGCAAAUGUGCGGGAGAAGUUUUGGUUGAGAUACUGUCAUAAUGUGUGCCCCAACAAUGACCUGGUCACAUCGUUACUUUCUGUACCUUCUAUCAAUUACAAAUAAAAUCUGGUUUACACAUGUUAAA